ACUAGAAAGAGACAGAUAGGACACUCGGCAUCCAUCUCUCUCUUUGUCUCUAUGACUUCCACUUACAGGCUUGUUCUCUCUAUUCUUACAUCUCUAUGGCUGCUACAUUGAUAGCUAUCGUAUAAAAACGUAAAAAAUCACAUUAUAUUGUACUAUUGUGCGGUUAUCUAAACAAAUAAAAGAUUUUUUUAUAAACAACUGUUUCGUAUCAACGAGUAUUUCAUUUACAGCGAUGAAUACUACAGCAAACAAAUGUCCCUUCAUGGAGGAAUGUUAUAGGAGAAAUCUGAUUCACUUUAAUGAAAUGUCACAUCCUUAUUUGGAGAAAUUAUUAGCAAAUCAGCUGGAUGAUAUGGUAGUAAUGCCAGAGGUUCUUAUUUUUGCACUUCAUGAUUGUUCUCAAUCGCUGAAUCAUUUGAAAAUAUUGCAAAUGAUUCUUAAAAAGGAGGACGAAAAGGAAGAUAAUUCUAUAUUAAUAACAAAUAAUCAACUUUUCAAAGCAGUCGUUAUUAAAUAAUAAUAAAUAUUUGCAAGAAACAGCAGACAUAAGAAAACUGUGGUACAGAAGAGACAAAAUAAGCUUAAGCAGAAGGAUGGACGUAGAAGCUCUAUUCAAAGCUUUGAACAAUAAAGAGCAGGAGGAUUCAGAAAAUAUCAAAGUUAAUAGAAAAAGUUGGAGGUUUAGUCAUGCGGAAGACGAAUAUAAUGGAUGAAACAUUAUCUUCAUAGAUAAGAAAGAGAAAAAAAUUACAUUUGUUCUAUAGCUGGCUUUGUAAAAAUAAAAGAGAUAUGUAUAUAUGAGAGUAUAUAUAUGAGAGAUAAAUGUAAGAGAUAAAAUAGAAUGUAGCAAUUAUAUUAAGGAGAAAUAGUGAGUUACAUUUGACACACGUAGUGAGUUACCAUUAAAUGUCAAAGCCAUUCUGCAGGUAGUGAAUAAAGUGAAAAUACUUCCAAAGGAGCAUCUAUCAUGGAUACACAUCAAGCUUGCAGUUCUGCAAAGUCCAAAAAGGAAGCUCAGCAGGAAAUUAUGCAAAUAAUGAGAAAUUCCGGACGUGAUAUUGUGGAACCAGGAACAUUUGCUUCAAAAUACGCCCUCUCAGCUCCUUACCACAUAUUUUUCACAAGAGUUGAGGAAUCAAGAGAAACUUACAGUCAAAACUUCUCCAUAACUUUUCCUGAGAUUCUUGAUAGAAGUUUUGGGGAGAUAGUCAACAGUCUUCAUCUGAAUUGUAAAGUAGAUGUCAAAUGGCUACAUGAGCAAUAUGUGUUGGCUGAUCAAUGUACUGAUAUGAUGAUUCUGUGUGGUAAUAGAGUGGAUGAGGAAGAAAUAGAUAAUAUCAUUGUGAAGCAUGUGGAUAUGCCAUCUGAAUUUGGCAAGCAUCAUACUAAAAUGAUGAUUUUGCAAUACAAGGAUAACAGGAUCAAGAUAGUUAUCUCGACUGCUAAUUUGCACUUUGAUGACUGGGAGAAUAGGACACAAGGACUGUGGAUUUCGCCUCAUUUACCUCCACUGCCGACAUCUGCGAAAUCUACUGAUGGAGAUUCACCGACGAAUUUCAAGAGAGACUUCUUGCAAUAUCUGAACAAAUAUCAGGGUUCCGACUGGGACUUUUUAAAGCAGUGGGUGAAAGUAGUGGAGAAGGCGAAUUUUUCCGCCAUAAAUGUAUUUCUUCUUACGAGCACUCCUGGGUCUUAUACAAAUAUCGAAGCUAACCUUUGGGGAUACAAGAAAUUAGAGCGGCUCCUGUCUUGGCACGUUACGCUGCCGCCGGAUGCGUCGCAGUGGCCCAUAAUCGCGCAAAGUUCCAGCGUAGGCAGUUUUGGUAAACAAUACGAUAACUGGUUGUUGAAAGUAAUCAAGUCUAUGUCAUGCGAUACCACGCAGGAUCUCAGAGAUCAACCAGAGUUCCAGUUUAUUUAUCCGUCGGUAGAUAAUUACGAGAAGAGUUUCGAUUUUCGAAAUUCGACCUGCUGCUUAUGUUACAGCAUGGAGGUAUAUUCCAAACAGCCGUGGCUAGAAUCGUACUUAUACCAGUGGAAGGCGACGAGAACAGGACGAGACAAAGCGAUGCCUCAUGUGAAAUCUUACACCAGGGUAUCACCCGAUUUGAAAAGUAUUCCUUGGUUCGUGCUGACCAGCGCGAAUCUCAGCAAAGGCGCAUGGGGAUGCCAGUGGAACAAAUAUUACAUAACGAGGAAUUACGAGGUCGGCGUUGUGUUCCUACCAAAGUUCGUCACCGGGACAAUGAUGUUCACGAUUUCCGAGGAUAAGGGUUCGGACAUUCCGAUAUUUCCGAUUCCAUACGAUCUUCCAUUGUGUAAAUACGACUCGAGCGACGAUCCUUUUAUCACACGAGAGGAAUGAUUUACAUUAUUAAGGAAUGAUGGUGAUUUUCCAGCCGACGCAGCUGUAUCGAGAAAAAAUGUACAAAUUGUUUUUUGAAACCAAGUGUACUAUAUGUAUUAUUGCAUUUUUUAAGGUAUUGGGAAACAGAAUAAACGUCAGUAUUUGUAUUGCAAAUUUAAAUUUCUUUU